UCGAGCCAGACAGCACAUAACGGGGAGCCCUUCACUGAGACCCAGCGAAAGAGCCGACAGAUGGGGAAUUAUAAAUCCAGACCCACCCAAACUUGCACUGAUGAGUGGAAGAAAAAAGUCAGUGAAUCCUACAUCAUUAUAACGGAGAGAUUGGAGGAUGACUUGCACAUCAAAGAAAAAGAGAUGACUGAACUGAAGCAUGUUUUCAGCUCUGAUGAAGCCUUCAGCAAAGUCAAUUUAAAUUACCGCACUGCAAACGGGCUGUCCUUACUUCAUUUGUGCUGCAUGUGUGGGGGUACCAAGUCCCACGUCAGAAGCCUCAUGCUAAAAGGGCUGCGCCCAUCUCGGUUAACGAGAAAUGGAUUCACGGCCUUGCACUUGGCGGUUUACAUGGGCAGUGCAGAACUGAUCGCAGCCCUCCUGCACAGCGGGGCGGAUGUGCAGCAGGCCGGCUACGGGGCGCUGACAGCCCUGCACGUCGCCACCCUGGCAGGGCACCUGGAGGCAGCUGACAUCCUGCUGCAGCAUGGAGCCUAUGUCAACGUCCAAGACGCGGUCUUUUUCACCCCUCUGCACAUUGCAGCAUACUACGGCCGUGAGCAGGUCACACGUCUCCUGCUGAAAUUUGGCGCCGAUGUGAAUCUAAGUGGGGAAGUUGGAGAUCGGCCCCUCCACCUAGCAUCUGCCAAAGGAUUCCUUAAUAUUGCAAAACUCUUGAUGGAAGAAGGCAGCAAAGCAGAUGUGAAUGCCCAAGAUAAUGAAGACCAUGCACCUCUCCAUUUCUGCUCUCGAUUUGGACACCAUGACAUUGUAAAGUUUCUACUCCAAAGUGAUUUUGAAGUUCAGCCACACAUAGCUAAUAUCUACGGAGACACACCUUUGCACUUGGCUUGCUACAAUGGAAAAUUGGAAGUUGCUAAGGAAAUAAUUCAAGUGUCAGGAACAGAAAGUAUGGCAAAGGAAAACAUUUUUAGUGAAACAGCUUUUCACAGUGCUUGUACCUACGGCAAGAGUAUUGAACUUGUGAAAUUUCUUCUUGACCAAAACACCCUGAGCAUCAAUCAUCAAGGAAGAGAUGGACACACUGGAUUACACUGCUGCUAUCAUGGACACAUCCGCCUGGUACAGUUCUUACUGGAUAAUGGAGCUGAUAUGAAUCUGGUAGCCUGUGAUCCCAGCAGGUCAAGUUGUGAAAAAGAUGAGCAGACUUGUUUGAUGUGGGCUUAUGAAAAAGGGCACGACGCCAUCAUCACGCUCCUGAAACAUUAUAAGAGGCCCCAGGAUGAAUUGCCCUGUAAUGCAUAUUCUCAGCCGGGAGCAGACGGCUCCUACGUUUCUGUUCCCUCUCCCUUGGGGAAGAUUAAAAGCAUGACUAAAGAAAAGGCAGAUGUCCUCCUGCUGAGGGCGGGGCUGCCUCCCCAUUUCCAUCUUCAGCUUUCAGAAAUUGAGUUCCAUGAAAUUAUUGGCUCCGGGUCUUUCGGGAAAGUAUACAAAGGGAGAUGCAGGAACAAAAUAGUGGCUAUCAAACGCUACCGGGCUCACACCUACUGCUCCAAGUCUGACGUGGAUAUGUUCUGCAGAGAGGUAUCCAUCCUUUGCCGACUCAACCACCCUUGUGUGAUUCAGUUCGUCGGAGCGUGUCUGAACGAUCCCAGUCAAUUCGCCAUCGUCACUCAGUAUAUAUCAGGGGGCUCCCUUUUCUCCCUCCUCCAUGAGCAGAAGAGGAUUCUGGACUUACAAUCGAAGCUAACCAUUGCUGUGGAUGUCGCCAAGGGGAUGGAGUAUCUUCACAACCUGACCCAGCCCAUCAUCCACCGGGACUUAAACAGCCACAACAUUCUCCUCUAUGAAGAUGGCCACGCUGUCGUAGCAGACUUUGGAGAAUCAAGAUUCCUGCAGUCUCUGGAUGAGGACAACAUGACAAAACAACCUGGGAAUCUCCGCUGGAUGGCCCCUGAGGUCUUCACCCAGUGCACACGGUACACCAUCAAAGCAGACGUGUUCAGCUACGCCCUGUGUCUGUGGGAGCUACUCACUGGGGAAAUCCCAUUUGCUCACCUCAAGCCAGCCGCAGCAGCUGCCGACAUGGCUUACCAUCACAUCCGACCUCCCAUAGGCUAUUCCAUUCCCAAACCCAUCUCGUCUUUGUUAAUGAGAGGCUGGAACGCGUGUCCUGAAGGAAGACCAGAAUUUUCUGAAGUAGUGACACAACUGGAAGAAUGCCUUUGCAACAUUGAGCUGAUGUCUCCUGCAUCAAGUAACAGCAGCGGAUCUCUGUCUCCUUCCUCAUCCUCCAAUUGCCUGGUGAGCCGAGGAGGCCCCAGUAGGAGCCAUGUAGCUGCCCUGCGGAGCCGUUUUGAACUAGAGUAUGCCCUGAAUGCCAGAUCCGUCCUGUACUGGUCCCAGAGUCCUGGACAGAUAUUUGCUCAAGCUCCUUCUCGGGAAGAGAUGAGAAGAAACUUUCCUUUGCCAGCAACUGACAAAAAUGGUUAUGUGUCGGAUCCCAUGAGCCCCAUGCCCUUCCAGGCCCUCCACAAUGGGAGCUGCUUGGAGGACAGCAGCUGA